GCUUCCAGCACCAGGCGCGCGCCAGGACCGCUGAAGACCGGAGUGUCCCCGCCCCCUCUCCCCUUCUCUCUCCCUCCCUCCUUCUCUCCCUCCCACUGAGCAACAAGAUGGCACAUCUCCCCUGCCUGAUCACAAAUAAAACGCGCAAUGAUUCAAACGCCUCCUGUUGUCAGAGCGGGAAGGAACUAAAGCUCCUUGGGGAAAUAUUCCCUUUCCUUCCCCACCCCUGAAUCUCCCUCUUUCAUUCAUACAGGCGACGUAUGAAGACAGAAAGAUUCCCUCACGCCAAAUGCACCCUGACUUGUUGGAGGAGGCGGGCGCAACGCCUGCCGUUCUGCUCUAUGAUUUGAUGUUCUCCCCUUUAUCGUCAUCUAGUGGGCGGGUUUACGAGGGCACAUUGAGUUGCCAUUGGAUGCGUCUCCUGUCAUUCUGCGGUGGGAGCGCCUCAAACCCAGCAAGUUUGCCUGACUGGUAAUCUUAAAGGAUUGAAUCGAAGUUCUCGACAAUAACUGUUCAGUCUUCGUGAGAUAUUUAGUUCCUUGCUUGCUUGUAGGCGAGAAUUUGAAGUGAAAUCGUCCGCCGAUGCAAUUUACAUCAACAGAAGAACAAUGAGGCUCUGGGAUUGCUGGGACAAGGGUAGAUUUAAUGUGAAUAUCUGACCAUGAACUGAUGACUAGACGAAUAACUGAUAGCUGUGCCAAAUUUAGUUACCAUGAGUACUACCAAUGGUGACACUGAUGUAGUGGAGCAGGAGUCCACUGUAAACCCAUUAUGUUUUGCAUGUGGUCAGCAGCACUGGACUCGAGAGAAUCAUCUGUACAAUUACCAACAUGAAGUGGAUGAUGACCUCGUCUGCCAUAUUUGUCUCCAGCCGUUGUUGCAGCCACUGGAUACACCCUGUGGACAUACAUUUUGCUAUAAGUGCCUCCAGAAUUUUUUGAGACAGAAGGACUUCUGUCCAUUAGACCGCAAACAGCUUCACUUUAACUUGUGCAAAAAAUCCAGCAUUCUUGUUCACAAACUUCUCGAUAAACUCCUGGUGUCCUGUCCCUUUGAAAAUAAUUGUCACGAAGUAAUGCAGCGCUGUGACUUGGAAGCACAUCUCAAAUACAGGUGCUGUGGAGCUUCCAACCACAGGGCUGCUUUAGAAAUUCACGAGUCUAGUGGAACUGAGAAUGUAUGUGAGAGCAAGUCCACCGUUUUAGGGGAAGAAGAUCAUCCACCAUCUGAUGCAGACCAAUUACAGCUUGAAGUGGCAACUGUGGGAUGCAGCAGCUUUGCCACAGCAGCAUCAGUUUGCGCAGAUGAAGCUGACCAGGAGGACCUUGCAUUGGAAGGAAGCAUUAAGGAAAUCAAUAUUCAUUCCAAGGAUGCUGAGCCAAUCCAUCCUGAAAGGCAGCUGGCAAAUCCCAAUGUUCAUCUUCACCGAACAAACAGCACUGCAAGCUGGGAUCUCCAAACUGAACUCCAGAGUCCAACUACAGAAGAAGCACCACCAAAGCAAGCUGGCCUGGCUGAAGGAGAGGUUACCAGUAUUGAACUACUUAGGGCUGAUCCCAGUAUGGAACUCGGCCUGAGCAUCGUAGGUGGGAAUGAGACUCCCUUGAUCAAUAUUGUAAUUCAGGAAGUUUAUCGAGAUGGCAUUGUUGCAAAAGAUGGAAGACUUCUUUCUGGUGACCAAAUAUUACAGAUUAAUGGUGUUGACAUCAGCAAUGUACCUCACAACUACGCCAGAGCUGUCUUAUCGCGGCCCUGCUCCACUCUACUGCUCAUGGUUCUGCGGGAAAGGCGAUUCAGUGGAUUAACACAUUUCCACCCUGACAACAGCUCUGCACGAGAAGAUGGCUUUCAUGUGACUUUGCUCAAAAGAGAAUCCAGCGAGCAACUUGGCAUUAAACUAGUUCGUAGACUAGAUGAGGCAGGCAUCUUUGUCCUGGACCUUCUGGAAGGUGGUCUGGCCGCCCAGGAUGGGAGAUUGUGCAGCAAUGAUCGGGUGCUUGCAAUAAACGGCCAUGACCUGAAGCAUGGGACACCUGAACUAGCUGCUCAAAUUAUCCAGGGCAGUGGUGAGAGUGUUCACUUCAUAAUCUCCAGAACAACAAAGAAGCAGUUCUCCAAUGUUAUUCGAGAAUUGGGAUCACAGAUAAGUCAGCAACAUCCUAACCAGUUCACACACCUCAUGCCCAAUAUCAAAUCUAAUACUCACAAGGACCUGUCCCAAUGCAUCAUUUGUCAAGAAAAGCAGAUCACUGUAACAAAAGAGCCUCAUGAGUCUUUAGGAAUGACCGUAGCCGGAGGACGGGGCAGCAAAAAUGGCGAGCUGCCAAUAUUUGUCACCAGUGUCCAGCCACAUGGCUGCCUUUGCAGAGAAGGGCGGAUCAAACGUGGGGAUGUACUACUGAGUAUCAAUGGUUCGGAUCUGACCUGCCUAAGUCACAGUGAAGCAGUGGCUACGUUGAAAGCUAGUGCUAACUCCCCGAUUGUAAUACUGAAGGCACUGGAAGUGCAAACAGUAGAAGAGCAGGAACAAUCUACAGAAGAGCUUCUGAGCUCAAACACUGAGAAUGAGUUGGAUGCCAGUUGGUCACCAUCAUGGAUCAUGUGGCUGGGGUUGCCCAGCUCUCUUCACGUCAGCCGUGACACUGUUCUACGGAGGAGUAAUUCAGGAAACUGGGGCUUUAGUAUUGUUGGAGGGUAUGAAGAAAAUCACUGUAAUCAACCUUUUUUUAUCAAAACAAUUGUGUUUGGAACGCCGGCGUAUUAUGAUGGAAGACUGAAGUGUGGUGAUAUGAUCGUAGCAGUGAAUGGACUCUCAACAGCAGGCAUGAGCCAUUCAGCACUCGUCCCAAUGCUAAAAGAACAACGGAACAAAGUGACAUUAUCCGUCAUAUCAUGGCCGGGAAGCCUUAUUUAAAUCAAAUAAGAAUCAUGCAUUGUAUGAGAACAUCAGAUUCAAAUAUUAUAAAAUAUUCACUGAAUAUUUUAAGCAAUCGAUAUUUAAAUGCAAAAUCUGAAGUGUUUUCUUAAUAUUUACAUUUGCCGCUCCACUAUUUGAUCAGUAUAUCUAAUCAAGAUUUUAAAUUAAUAUUAUUUGUUCAUAAAUAUCAAAAGGACAACAAUACAAGAAUUUUAAGAGGUACAUAAUCAGAUAUUAUUCUGAGCAACAAAUCAUAAAAGCCUUACCAGUCGGAUGGUAAAUUUCAGACAGUCACAGUAGUUCAAGCCUUAGUGACUUUUGAACCUCAUGUUACCAUGAAUGUAGCUUCAAUCGUGUGAAACGAAUGUGUUGAAUAACUGCAAGAAAUAGAAUACAGCCGAUGUUUGAAUAUAUUUCACUGAAUCAUUGUACUGUAUACAUAUAAUUAUGUGUAUGUUUAAUUCCUACUACAGCGCAUUUUUGUGAAAGGGUAAUAGUUGGCAAUACUGGCAUAGAGGAUAUCAACCUCCCAACCUCCAGCAUGUUGUAUGGGAGCAGAACAUUGAGGAACUCAAAAUAUUUAAACAUACAAGUAGGCAUUGCUCCGUUUUAAUACAAUCACUUUUGUAGUUCAAAACCCUGAACUUUCUGACAAACAAUUAAGAGUGCCUGUUUUAAUCUUAUUUAAGAGUUGGCAUUUUCUAUUUUAACAGUUUUAAAAAUAUUUUUUGUGUUUUUGCUGAAUUAUUGUCUCAUCACAACAGUUGCAUUAAAGAUAUUAAAUAGUGCUUUGAUUAUAUAUUGUAAAUGAGAAUUUACAAAGCAUUAUGAUCUAAAAUAAAAACUGUGUCUGAGAGGAUCAGUAAU